CUCCUCGUCCGGGAGAUCCAGUGUCCCGCUCCAACUUCCCGUCCGUCUCACCCAAUCCCACUGCCUCGGCCAAGAAUAUGAUAGGAUGCAUGGAAGACAUGAUGAUAAGCCGGAUAUCAGAUAUCUGGGAACGGGUUCUGAAUUCGGGGUCAAGGACGGGACUUGUUCAAUCUCCCAUCUCAUCAUCAUCAUCAUCAUCAUCAGUCACUUUGACUUAAUCCACAAGGCUAGAUUUUGGGGCAGAUUCCCCACAUCAUGUAAACAACACCACCAUCAACCAUGACGAGCACAAGGGAAGCGUAUUCCGGAACACCGCCCGGCCAUGUUCCCCUCAACAACACCUUUGACUGGUGUUUCAGUCAGCCCUUUUCAUCCGUGAACGACUACACUCCUCAAGCUCAAGUGUUGGACAAGAUCGAGGAUGAGAGGCCAAUCUUUGUGGACAAUGCUUCAGACCGCAAACUCACCUUCGGCCAAAUAAGAAGCGAUGCCCUAGCCCUCGCCGCCGGUCUCCUAAGCCUGGGUCUUAACCCCAACGACAUCACCAAACUCCCACCAACACCGACCUGCCCUCAAGGGCCCGAGAUCGCCCCCGUUGUUCUCAUCCAGCUCCCCAACUCACUUGCCUUUGCGCCCGUGCUGCUGGGAACCCUCGCCGCCGGACUAACCGCUACCCUCGUCUCACCCGCCCUCACAAGCGAUGAAGUCGCCUGGAUCAUCCAGAACUCGCGGCCACGGGCCAUCAUCACGGCAAAAGCCUGUCUCGGCGCCAUGCGCGAAGCGCUGAAGAAGCAGGAACCGCGAGACCGGGCCUUCUUCGACGCUGUGCCCAUCUACACCUUUGACGCCGCCAAUGACCACUACCCCUCCGUCUCGUCAUCGCCACCAUCACUCAGCAGCAGCAAGAACAAGAAAACCCAGGACUGGAAAGUCCUCCUCAAUACCGCCAACCACUCCCAAACAGUAGUGGUCCCCUCCUCCCUCACCCCCUCCCCCUCCUCCCGCGCCCGCACAGCCGUCAUCCUCUGGUCCUCCGGCACCUCGGGCCGGUCCAAGGGCGUUCUCCUCUCGCACCACGCGCUCAACUUCUCCGGUGCGCACAUGUGGCACGACGCAUCCGACUACCACUCCCUUGCCAAGAUCCGGCAGCAGCGCUGGCUCGGCUACGUGCCCUUCUACCACGUCUUCGGCCUCUGCAACAUCAUUUUGCUGGCCGUCAUGACGGGCGCGACCGUGUACGUGAUGCCAUCCUUCAGUCUCGACGUCAUGCUAGCCGCGAUUCCCAAGCGCAAGAUCACGUACCUGCACAUGGCGCCGCCCAUCGCCGUCAUGCUGGCCAAGGCUCCCGCAGUAGAGAAGUACGCCAAGCGGAACCCGAAGACAGGUAAAAACGGGUUCAGCUCCAUAGUGGCGGCCGUCACGGGCGGCGCUCCCCUCGGACACGAGGUCGUCGUGGAGGUGUACAAGCGGUGCGGGUUCCGCGUGCGACUGGGCUACGGACUGAGCGAGACGUGCAGCACCGCGCUGCAGCGCGGCACGGGCGAGAAGGACAUGAUUGAGCAGGCGGGCGAGACGGGCCUGCCGCACUGGGGGGUGGAGGUCAUGGUUGCUGAUAUGGAUGUGCCCGCCCCGGGCCUGGUGGAUGGGAAGACCAAGGCGGCGAGGAUAGACCAGGAAGGGGAGAUUUUGAUUCGGUCGCCGACGCUGUUGAGCGCUUAUUUGCCCGUGGGCGUUUUUACGACCCCUAAGGGCCAGGAGCCGGAUAUGUCAGUCACGAGGGAGGCGUUCACGGCUGAUGGGUGGUUCCGCACGGGCGAUGUGGGCACCAUCGGCGCGCAGGGAAGGCUGCGGAUCACGGACCGCCUGAAGGAGUUGAUCAAGGUGCGCGCGUACCAGGUUGCGCCGGCGGAGCUCGAGGCCGUGCUGUGCAGCAGCCCGUCGGUGGCGGACGCGGGCGUGGUGGGCGUGUAUGACGAGUCGGAGGCGACGGAGUGGCCGAGAGCGUAUGUGGUUCCGCACAAGCCGGAGGCGCUGGAGAAUAAGAAGGACCUGGAGAAGCUGGCGCAUGAGCUCAGGGUGCUGGUGGAAGAGAGGACGACCAGGUAUAAGUGGCUUAUGGGAGGGGUCGUGUUUGUGAAGCAGAUCCCCAAGAGCCCUAGUGGGAAGAUUCUGAGGAGGGUGUUGAAGAGUGGUGGGGAGGGCACCAAGGGGGUUGAGAUUCAGGUUUAUCAGAAGAAGAGGAGGGGAGCUGCUGCUGCUGCUUCGAAGCUGUGAGG